CGGUGUAAGGAUGUGAAGUUGAGACAUAUUUAGGUUAGAAUAUAAAAUUGAAAAAAAUUGGAAUUUCUCCCAAAAAAAAAAAAAAAAAAAACCCCGAAGAAGCAAGUACUAAGUACUUAUUAAUUUAUUUUACAAACCCUAAAGAUUAUAAUCCGACUCUCUGAGGCUUUUGUGAAUAGAGAUAUUUGGAAACUACAGCGUCGUCGUCGUCGUCGUCGUCGUCUUCGGUUCGGUGCUCAAGAAUCACAGCAAUCAUGGCCACAAGGGUUCAAUUCGAGAACUCGUGCGAAAUUGGGGUUUUUUCGAAGCUGACAAAUGCAUAUUGUUUGGUCGCCAUUGGAGGUUCUGAGAACUUUUACAGCGCUCAUGAGGCCGAAUUGGCUGAUGUGAUUCCGGUGGUAAAGACCUCCAUAGGUGGUACUCGCAUCGUUGGACGUCUAUGUGCUGGGAAUAAAAAUGGGCUUCUGUUGCCGCACAAUACAACAGACCAAGAGCUUCAGCACUUGAGGAAUAGUCUGCCUGAUCAAGUUGUUGUACAGCGCAUAGAAGAGAGACUAUCUGCUCUCGGGAAUUGUAUUGCAUGCAAUGAUUAUGUUGCUCUCACACACACAGAUCUUGACAAGGAAACUGAGGAGAUGAUUGCAGAUGUUCUUGGAGUAGAAGUUUUUAGGCAGACAAUUGCUGGAAAUAUUCUUGUGGGAAGCUACUGUGCCUUCUCCAACAGAGGUGGCCUGGUACAUCCCCACACAUCUACCGAGGACUUGGAUGAACUUUCAACACUUCUUCAGGUUCCUUUGGUCGCUGGGACUGUCAACAGGGGUAGUGAAGUGAUAGGUGCUGGCAUCACAGUCAAUGACUGGACCGCGUUCUGUGGUCAUGACACUACUGCAACUGAACUAUCAGUUUUAGAAAGCGUCUUCAAGUUGAGAGAAGCUCAGCCUAGUGCCAUUGUGGAUGAGAUGAGGAAAUCUUUGAUUGACAGCUAUGUCUAAAUUUUGUCUUCACUAGGAUCUAUGGUAUUGAUAACACUAGAUUAUAACUCGCUGUUAAUUUAAAACACAUUUGCUUUUAAGUUGAAACAGUUGCUGGCUUACCAAUGCUUUUAUGUUGUAAUCAGAAGUGUACGUUUGUGAAAUUGGACGAGUUUUGGUGUGGGUUUGAAGUUGUAUUUAAACUGGCAAGUUUUUCUUUUCUUUACAAGUUAAAAUGAAAAUAUGCAUUUUGUUUCCUAA